CUUCAUUUUCAGAAAUUACCAAGAAGAAACGGAAUAAAAGCAGGUAAAUAGCCCACCAGAGAACCAGAAAUUACGUUCAUUCGAAAGACCUACUGCCAUUUGUGCGUGAAGUGACAGAUGACAAUAAUUUUGGAGGGAAUUCGUAAUUCGACAUUUUUAACGGUUUAUUUGUUUGGUUUCAUGGUGUCCCUUUAAAUCGUGUUACGACAUAUUUUAUAUUUUUAAACAAAAUCAUAAAUAUUAUGGCUCAGCCGUCAGUAGCAGCCUAUUUCACUACGAGAAAACGCGUGGCGAUUGAUGAACUCAAAACUAAUAGGGCUAGGAAAGUCUUGAUAGUGGAUGAAGGGGAAGGAAGGUUGUCUGCAAAAAGAAGUGUUGAGAAUGAAGGAUCCGAAAACAAAAAAAUUGAAAUUAAAGAGCAUUCAGAAGAAUCCAGUGAGGUUGAAAAAGUAGUGCCCAACAAAAUCGUUACCAAAACUGAGAGAACCCAAAUGACUAGAAAAAAAAGUGCAUCAAGACGAAGACCAAGUGCAACAGUUAAAGGUCAACAAGAUAUACAUACUUUUGUAAAUUUAGUACCUGUAAGUGAGGAAAUUUCUGGGCAGACAGGUUCAGAUAUCAACCAUGUGACUCCACCCUCGUCUCCUAUGAAAAUACGAAAUGGAAUGGAUAAAGUGCAUGAAAAGCCUAAAGAUGCUUCCUUGAACUCAAUGAAGCUGAAGUUAGGUAGGAGUUCUAGAUUAGCUGAAUUGAAAGCAUCAUUAUCUAGAUUUGGUGAUCUUCAAAACAAACUGAAGGAAGUGGAGAAGGUUACAUCGAAAAUUUCUGUUAAUCCCCCACAAAGUCCUAAACUUCAGAACUUCAAAGCCAUUGAACUAGAAGUUCAGCUAAGUCCCCAGAAAAUCGUGUCUCCUCAAAAAUUGUAUCUUAGCCCAAAGAAAGAUUUGACUGCUAGGAAGAACCUUCUUAAUCUACUGAGUCCUACUAAGAACACAGUUGCUUAUAGCAAGAGUCCUUCUAAAACUAUUGAAGAUGAAACUUCUAAGCCAGCCCUGACACUUCCAUUCAAGUAUCGUUAUGUGGCAGAAAUGUUUAGAGCUAUUGACACAGUCAGUCAACUUUUGUAUAACAGGAAAGAAACUAUAACAUUGUCAAAAUUAAAACCUGCAGUUGAGAAUAUGACUAAGAGAAAUCUUUCAAAUCGUUGUUUGGCUCAGAUCAAGAAAAUUUAUCCUGAAGCAUUCAAGUAUCAUCAGGAGAAAUUGAGGGUAUUUGGGAGUGGUAAACGAGAGGAAAAAUGGGAAUUGGUGAUAACACCUCUGAUUGGAGGUGCUGAUCACAUAAAUUCUGACACUUUAUUGGCUAGGCGAAGAGUUUUAUUCAGUAUUUUACUGGAUAAAGUUAAAGACUAUCACCAUGAAUUCCUCAUGUCUCUAGAGCCUCCGAUGGUAAUUCCUAAGAAUCAGGUUAAGAGAUGGCAUCCUGAAUUCGAUAUUGAAAGAGUUCCUGAUAUCGAGGAGGAUAAUUUACCAGAACCACCAGUGGAAAUGAAGAUGACCUCAGGACAAGAUGUAUUGGAGAAAGCUCGAGAAAUGUUCGGCUGUAACGCUAGAAUGGAACAAGCCCUUGAGAGAUUGAAAGCUAAGAAGGAAGAGAAGGCUACAGAAACAAUCCCAGACAACACUCCUCCUCCUUCAAUUUUGAAAGGCAUUCCUAAAUCCUUAUUGGAAAAAGUGCGGCAACGUCAAGCCGCGAAAGCGUUGAUCUCCAUGACUAGAUCAGUGGACAAGGAGCAAGAACUGAAAAUUUAUUCAAGACUGCCAGAACUCGCGAGACUAACAAAAAAUCUUUUCGUUUCGGAAAAGAAGAGUGUUUUGAAAAUGGACGAUGUUGUUGAAAAGUUGGGCAAUUGUUAUAGAAUAAGCUUGACGAAAACAGAGAUGGAAGAACACAUCAAACUGUUGGUUAAAGAAUUACCUGAGUGGUUGGUUCUUCAUCAGUCCCUUAGUAAAGUGUGGUUUUUGAAACAGUUGAACAGAGAUGCUGAUGUGAACCUUAUGAGGAAUAAAUUGGAAAUGAUUCUGAAGGCAAAAAGUGAUCAGUGCAGUGCUUAGUCGUCUUAGUAUUAAUUUAAAAAGCCAGUUUCUUUAAAGUGUGUGAAUUUUGACUGCCCCUUUUUUUAACAGUGUCGACCUCCAUGAGGUGAAUUAAAAAAUAAUUACAAACUAAUGUUUGAUAUUGAUAUUUUAGUUCGAUGAAAAUUAAUUGACCAUUACUCAAAAUAUGAGCCGAGCCAAAGAAUCAUAUUUUCUAGCAAUAGAUAAAACCAGAUUAAUAAUCAUAGUAUAAUUUAUCUUGAAGAGAGGAAUUUUUCAUUCUUCCAUAAAUUUGAAUUUUUAUGUUAUGAUAAGGGCUACUUAUUUUGAAAACAUAUUUAAUUAGUAAGAUUUGGUCUGAGAAAUUCGUAAAAUACAGUCCAUAAUAUAUAAA